AGACGGCCGGAGCAGGUGAGGUGGAGAACAACUCCGUCUCCUCUGACCCACCAGCUUUGACUCCUCUACCAGCUGACCUCUCGACGCUAUGGGGAAGAGCCGGAUACUUGCAGGACCCUGCCUUUUUCUCCUGGGUCUCUUCUUCCUUCCUGGGGGGACCACAACACCGCCCCCAAAACCGCAAUACCUGGUUUUGGUACCUUACGUUGUCCCCACGGAAACCUCCAGGAAGAUCUGUGUCCAGCUGAGCCACCUGAAUGAGUCUGUGACCCUGAGCAUCACCCUGGAAUACGGCUUGCAGAACAGGAGCCUCCUAAGCGAGGUCGUCUCCAAGAAAGACCUCUUCCAGUGCACCGACUUCCAGCUCCCCAAAUGGGAAAGGUCCUUCAACACCCACAUAGCGCUUUUCACAGUGGAGGUGACAGGAGCAACCCUGAGGUACCUAGAUCGGAAGAGAGUCUACAUCGACAAUCAGGAGAGCCUCAUCUUUGUUCAGACCGACAAACCCAUCUACAAGCCAGGACAGAAAGUUCUGUUUCGUUGCGUCUCUCUGAAUAAGGAAUUCAUUCCGGUAAAUGAGAAGGUUCCCUUGAUCUACAUCGAGGACCCCAAGAGAAACCGGUUGUUCCAAUGGAAAGAUGUGGAACUGAAGGGGGGUCUGGUCCAGCUGGAAUUCCCCCUGUCUUCCGAGCCCGCCUUAGGCAGCUACAAAGUGGUGGUUCUGAAGGAUGAUGAAAGUAACAUUCAACAUGCCUUCACGGUGGACGAAUAUGUGUUGCCCAAGUUUGAAGUUACCGUCAAGUCCACUCCAAUCAUAACAAUUCUGGACAACAAAAUGGAAGUUACUGCCUGCGGCAAGUACACCUAUGGGAAGCCAGUUCCUGGUAAAGUCAGCAUCAGGGUUUGCCGGAGAUAUUCCUACUUCAGAAGCUCGUGUUAUGGUGAAGAGUCCAAAGCCAUCUGUGAGGAAUUCAGUGGAGAGGCGGAUGUUCAUGGCUGCUUCUCUCAUGUGUUGGAUCUGAAAAUAUUCCAGUUGAAGAGGAAUGGGUUUCAGAUGGAGAUCCGUGCGGACGGUGUAAUCACAGAAGAGGGGACAGAAGUUAAGCUGACGGGCUCCGGUACCACGCAGAUAACUUCGACAAUCAGCAAAGUUGUGUUUGAAAAUGUGGACAAUUACUACAAACCAGGACUUCCUUUCUCUGGGGAGAUUAAGCUUACGGACGGCAGAGACAAGCCAAUAGCCAACAAGACCGUUGAACUUCAAAUAACAGGAGUACAGAACAGUUCCUUCUACAAGACUGAUGCUGAGGGACGAGCCCACUUCUCCAUAGAUACUUCCGGCUACACAGAGAGUUCUAUUCAAAUCACUGCAAUUUAUGAAAGAGUAACUCACUGUUAUGAUUCGAACUGGGUCUCUCCUCAACACCAAACUGCCUUCUUCUCAGCAUCACGUUUCUAUUCUCCAAGUUCAAGUUACCUCAAAGUUCAACAGCUUCCUAGCAAACUAAGCUGUGGGCAACAUGCGGUCGUCCCGGUCCAUUACGUUCUCAAUUCAGAGAUCAUAAAGGACAAAGAAGUCGUCUUCCACUACUUGGUGAUGUCCAGAGGGGAUAUUGUGAAUUCAGGAACACACCCCUUGAAAGAAAAGCAAAGUAAAGGAAUGUUCAACUUGGACCUCCUUGUGGAUAUCAAGACCGCUCCUUUGGCCCGCUUGCUCGUGUACACACUUUUGGAUAACGGAGAACUUGUGGCGCACUCUGCCGAUUUCCCUGUGGAGCCCUGUUUCGCAAAUAAGGUGAACCUGCGAUUUGCUGAGCGCGAAGGCCUGCCCGGCAGUCAGAUCAAUCUCCAUCUUGCUGCUGCCCAGAACUCCCUCUGUGCCAUCCACGCGGUUGACGAGAGCGUCUUCCUUCUGAAGCCUGAAGCUGAACUUUCCGCUCGAACGGUUUAUGAUCUGCUGCCUUUGACGGACCUCAGGGGCUAUUACUACAAAAGUGAGAACUUGGAGGACCCAGACACAAACCCCUGCGUGCCCCCCAAAAAGAUCAUCGUGGACGGAAUUCGCUACGAGACUGAUACCUAUUCUUACGGUGAAGGUGACGCCUAUACAAUUCUCAGGGACAUUGGUUUCAAGACAUUUACCAGUGCCCAGAUAUACAAGCCUAACAUUUGCAGCAGACCAGAGCGUCACUACCCAGUGGCCUACAUGGAAAGCAGUCCAGUUGGCGCGAGACUUGCAGGCAUGAGCAUGGACAACAGCGCAGAACCAGUGGAAACAACUAUCCGGAGCUUCUUCCCAGAAACCUGGAUAUGGUCCUUAAAAUCUCUUGGCAGUGAGUCCGAGCUCACCCUACCCGUCACCAUUCCCGACUCCAUCACAGACUGGAGAGCGGGAGCCUUCUGCUUGUCCCCAGCGGUGGGUUUCGGCCUGGCCCAAACCACCUUCCUCACGGCCAUCCAGCCGUUCUUCGUUGAAGUCACCCAGCCAUACAGCGUAAUGCGGGGAGAAGAAUUUGUCCUGAAGGCCACCAUCUACAACUAUCUCAAACGCUCCAUCCAGGUUGGAAUAUCGCUACUGCUUUCUCCCGACUACAUUGCUACCUCUCUGGACAAAGAGGAGGCUUCCCACUGUCUGCCUGUGGAUGGAAGGAAAACCUUCUCCUGGAAGGUUACUCCCCAAACUGUCGGGGAAGUCAACUUCACUAUAACCGCAGAGGCCCUGAAAUCCAACCAGCUCUGUGGGAACGAAAUCGUGGAAGUGCCUGCCAAAGGACAAAGGGACAUUGUGAUCAAAACCCUCCUAGUCGAGCCUGAAGGAAUCGAGAAGGAAGUGGUCAUCAACAGAUUGCUAUGUGGAACCAAAGAGAGCAAAUCCACCGCUAUUUCCUUAAAGGUCCCAGAGGACAUAGUGGAGAAGUCGGCCAGGGCUUACUUCUGCGUGUUGGGUGACAUCUUAAGCUCAGCCAUCCAGAAUGUGCACCAGCUUCUCCGGCUGCCUUCUGGCUGUGGGGAACAAAACAUGGCUCUCUUGGCCCCCAAUAUUUACAUCUUGGACUAUCUGAACGAGACUGGCCAGCUGACCGAGGAAACGAAGUCGAAGGCAAUUGGAUACUUAGUGACUGGUGUCCAGAGACAGUUGAACUACAAGCAUGCUGACGGUUCCUACAGCACCUUUGGGGAACGGCACAACGAGCCUGGAAACGUUUGGUUGACCGCUUUUGUGUUGAAAUCCCUUUCUCAAAUAAAGAGGAAGAUCCCUGUGGAGGAACGACACCUGAUUGAGGCUCAGAUGUUCCUGGCCUUAAAGCAGAAAUCAAAUGGCUGCUUCCAAAGCACCGGCUCCCUCCUGAACAACGCACUCAAGGGCGGAGUUGAUGAUGAGGCCACUUUGUCAACCUAUGUCACCAUCAGUUUGCUGGAGAUGUCCUUGCCUAUCACGCAUUCUGUGGUGCGCAAUGCUUUGUUUUGCCUGGAGACCGUAUCCCAGCAGAAAGAUAUCCCCAUCUACACUCAGGCCUUGUUGGCAUACGCUUUUGCUUUGGCGCAUAAGGACGACAAAGUGACGGCGCUACUGCAGAGUCUUCAGCAAAAGGCCGUGAAAGGAGACGACGGCUCCAUUCACUGGGAGAGGCUCGUGAAGCCAGAGGUGAAAAAGUCUCUCUACUACGAGCCUCAAGCACUUUCCGCCGAGGUGGAAUUGACCUCCUACAUGCUCCUGACUCACCUGACCAUGCUUAGGAGAGCUGCGUCAGUGUCCCAGGACGAUUUGGCCAUUCCCACCAAGAUUGUGACGUGGAUGACCAAACAACAGAAUCCUUCCGGAGGAUUCGCUUCCACCCAGGACACAGUGGUGGCCCUCCAGGCCCUCUCCUUGUUUGCGGGUAUGACUUUCUCCAAGAACACAGCAGGCACGAAAGUGGCCUUGAAGUUGGGUGAGAACAGCGUGAAGGAAUUCCAUGUGGACAACGCCAACAGGCUUCUGCUUCAGUGCCAGGCCCUGCCCACCGUGCCUGGGGAGUAUACCGCAGUUGUGACUGGAGAAAGUUGCGUCUAUGUGCAGACUACCUUGAGGUACAAUGUGCUCCCACACCCCGGAGAGGAUCCAUUUGCACUGACUGUCACCACAAAUCCCGAAACGUGUGUUGGGGUCAAGGCCCACAAGGAGUUCGACAUUGCAAUAAACGUCAGUUACGUCGGCAAGCGCCCCUCCACCAACAUGGUGAUUCUUAAUAUCAAGAUGGUCUCUGGAUUUGCACCAAAUAGGCCAUCUGUGAAAGAGCUGGAAAAGCAGGCUCUGAUUAAGCGAGUAGAUAUAACUCCCAGAGAAGUGGUGCUGUAUUUUGACAAGCUGACCAACGCCACCCAACAUGUCUCUUUCACGGUGGAGCGAAACAUUGAGAUCCAGAACCAGAGACCAGCCUUUGUGAAGGUGUACGACUAUUACGACGGUGAAGAGGCAGUGGUUCCAUACAGCGCCCCCUGCAGCACAGCGAAUGUCGGGAAUAAGUGAAGAACCAAAUCGCCCUCCACCACCUCCCAGUCAAUCCCACUGCUGCUUUCCUGCCCACCCUGAUGAGAAAGCGGAAGCAGAACACAGCCAGCCAAAGACCCAAGAAGAAUCAGGUGCCCUCUGGGUGCCUUACUUUUAAUCUACAACUUUAUGAGCCCCAAGGAAUUGGAGAAACACCACUGGCUUCAUCUUCUCUCCAUUCGGGUCUGGAAAAACAAACACCUGGCAUUUGCUGUUGUCUUCUCCGAUGGUGGAAAGAAUGAAACAAACAAAUAAAUAAAUGUUUGGAAUCCAUCA